GUGUCGUACACAUUCUCGCGUGAAUUCGCGCAAUAGCUAGGAACCACCGGCUCGCGCUGCGGAAAUAGAAGAGGUUAGGAUCAGGUUAGGUCAGGUUAGAUCGGGCAUUCCCGCUUUCACGUCGAGGUACGCAUGAGCCGCGGUAUGGAUGGCGACCUUUCCGAGACAGUUUGCACCGAGGCCACGUUCGUACCUCACAACAUACAUGGAACGUACAUACCACGACGAACUUGUCAAACUCAAUCUAGCCAAGAUUAAUGACCCAAAACCAGUGAUCACUAAGCCAAUUGGACCUCAUCGUCGAAAACCCAUAAGACAAGAAGAUUCUGAGGCAAACAGUUGUUUGACAUAUGGUCCAGAGGAAUUAUCCAUGUCAGGUGUGCCCCGACAGAGACGAAAGUCAGACCAUACAUAUAAAAAUGGUGCAUCAUCUGAUAACACCUCUGAUGAUGACAAACAGAUGACAAAUAAUAUUGAUGAGGAGUUAGAGGAGGAAAGAUUGCUCAAUCAUUCAGUCCCAAAAUCUCCAAAUCAUUCUAGGACAACUUCCCCAGAAAGAUUAGAAAAUAGUAAAAAGAAUAAAUCUUUGGAGAAUUCUUGGAAAAAGUUAUCAACAGAGAAAAGAGAGAAAAAAAAAAAAUUACAGUUGUCUAGCAUUGAACAAAAUCCAAAUAGCUUUCUCUCUUGGAACAUUGUUAUUGUAUUAGCACUUGUUGUAUUCGUUUUACAUUUAGUUUUAAGUGGAAAAUUUGAUAGUACAAGAGAAAACCAAACAGAACCCACUACAAAUAAUAGAAACUCAUUUAAGCUCAUUCAGGACAUCAAGAGCAAAUUUUAUAGUCAAGAUUCGCAUAUCUGGGAUGAAAUCUCGUCUGGGAUAAACGAAGUGAAAAUGAGAACUCCCAAGGUACCCUCGAUCAUUCUAUUGUUCGCAAAUGAAACGCACACAAUGGACUGUUUGGCCUUGGCAUUGGCGCAUUUGAGCAGCGAUGCUUUAGGUGGUGACAGUCCUUUGAAUUUAAAUCCAAAAGAUUUCGGGACUGAUCCUGGUGAGAUUAUUCAUUAUCUGAAAGGUGUUUCUGCAAAGAAGGCUGUGAUAAUUCGUGAUGUCUUGAAUAUUAAUGCGGAAGCGAUAAAAGCGUUGCACAAUUUGUGCGAUAGGAUAAAUCCGUUGAUUCGAGAAGUUAUUUACAUCAUUACGAUGCAAACCAAAAAUUACGAAUCGUCACAACAGAAGAUGGCAUUUGUGGAGAAACAUUUUUACCACAAAUUAUCGAAAAGCAUUGACAAAGAUGUUCUAACGGCACUCGUGACACGAAUUACAGACGGAGCAAUUAUAUUGGUACAACCCGAGCCGAAUCUACGGUAUUGUUAAUUUUGCUGGAAGAGAGAAAAGGGUGAAUUGUUAUGUUUAAUGUACAAUUGAUGGUAUGGUAGAAUUCUACAUACUCCGGAAUCGAGAAAUCAAACGAAAAAUUUCGUGUAUUAUAUGUAAAAAGAAAGAUUUUUGGGCAUAUUGACGCUCAAAUUUCUUAUUCAAUUUUAUUUUGUUGCAUACUGCAAAAAUUAAUCGUUAGUGAUUUCUCAUUCUUGUAAUUAUAUAACUAAAGUGUAGUAAAUUAAUUUUUCUUUAAUUUAUAUUAAUAUUACGUACUCAAUGAUUAUCGUAACUAUAAUAAUUCAUGCUUGUCUUUGCACAUAAAUCAAGAAAAUCUAAAUCUUUUAAUUUCACUUUAUUUUGUUAUGCCAAUGUUACACGAGAUUAAAUUUAUUUUUAGUGAAUCUUCCUAUGUAAUCACAAUUUCAUACUUUUAUGUAUUUUCAAAAAAUAUAACGACACUGCUAUAUCUAGCGAUAUUCACGCAUAUUUUCGAGAAUGACAUUUAUUUAGCUCCAAAAUAAAAUACAUUCAACAGGAUUUCAUUGUGUGUGAUAUUAGAUUCUCGUGUUAAUAUGUCAGUCAGCAGUCCGUACAGUAAUUAAAUAAUGUCGAGUAUCGUAUUUUGCUCAUUGCCAAUUUACAAGAUCUUUCACAUAUAUAUGAAGAUUAGUAACACCCUACUUUAGUUAAAACUAUUUCAGACAUUCACAAAAUCGCAAAACGUUAUUGAACGUGCUUGAAUUGAUAAAAUUAUAUACAUAUGAUCAAAUAACAAAGACUCAGUUUCACUAAUACUUUGUGUUAAUUAUGAUUUAUGUAUAAUAAACGAUAUAUUGUAAAACAAA